AUGGACGCUGUUCCAGCCGCCACGCCUCCACCGGGGGUGACCGCAAAUCUAGUGGACCCCCCUUCUGAUGGAAACAUCCUGAUUAUCGUGGGGACUAUUCUCAUGAGUGUCAUGUUUGUUAUUGCUGGGCUGAGAUUCUAUACGAGGAUUUGCAUUCGCAGGAAGAUGAGCGCUGAUGAUUGGACCACAUUGAUUGCGAUCAUUGGUACGCUGGUAUACUAUAUUCUAUGCAUUCUGGCUGUCCCGGUGGCCAAAUACGGAACGCACGUGUGGAAUCUGUCAGCGGCGCAUCUGAUGAGCAGCCAAUUCAUAAUUAUCAGCUUCUUCAUCAAUUGGGUGACCUCCAUUGUCUGGCCAUUUGCGAAGACCACAUUUCUGCUGAUGUACCUGGAUCUCUUCAAGCCAUUCCGGUGGCAGAGAUAUGCCAUCUACUUCGGACUAUUGGUCAACUGGGGAUUCUAUAUAGCGAUCGCAGUGGCAACGCUCUACUAUACCUCCCCCGCGCCCGGCCAAAGCUGGCAGGAGUCUUUCCUGAGCCCCCGGUAUACAGGCAUGGUGCCUCUGAUGAUUCCCAUCGCAGUGGGCAAUCUAGUUCUCGACGUCUACAUCCUAAUCUUACCGAUGCUAUCGAUCUGGCGUCUGCAGAUGGGACGGAAGAAAAAGUUCGGGGUGGCCGCGAUUUUCGCGACCGGGUUCGUGGCAUGCAUUGCCUCGUCCCUGAGCAUUUACUUCAAAGUCAUCUUGCGUCACCACGAAGAAGACUUCACCUACUACACCCUGCCCGUCUUGAUCAUGUGUCUUGCUGAGAUGUGCGUCGGUAUCACCGCUAGCUGCAUGCCAUCCAUGUCGCUUCUCAUCCGACGGCGGGGAGGUUUCCUAGGCACCAUGGUCUCAUCACUUCUCAACUUCGUCCGGAAGCAUGACUCGCGGAACGCGACAGAGCGCAGCAGUGGGUCGGGGUCGGGGUCCGGGUCGUUUGGUAAGUUGUGGUUCCCCGCAAUACGUGCGCCACGGCAUUCAUACACGACCAUGGAUGAGGACUUGGAAUUGUGCCAGACGAGGGUGAUGAAAACCAGCAUCCGUAGCGAAAACUGGCAGCCUCGACCGGACGCGAGUGGGAUUCGCAUGAGCUACGGGUUAACCCAGGAUGUUGUUGUCCCUCCUGCGGGGAGGGGCACUUGACUCUGCAUUGCAUGCACAUAGCAAACAAAAGCCGUCUGUUGUGAGGUGGUGAGAUUUAGGUCACCACGGGCGGGGGUUUGAAUGCAGCUCCACAGAACUAGGGAAUCAUAUCACGCAAUAGAC